AUGGAUCUGCGCACUGUCAGUCACUCGAGUAAAUGUAAUCUACCUUCGGAGAAAGUCUUCUCUAUCCAAAUUGGUUCUGAGAUCUUUCGUCUCUCAGGUGCUUCAAUUGCUUCUGACGCUCCAUCCUACUUUUCACGGUUCUUCGAGGAUCAGUUGCUUCAGAGUCAAGAUGCUGCCAACGUCAGGACCCUCUAUAUCGAUCGCGACCCCGCGACGUUCCGCGAGAUCGCUAGGCAUCUACAGGGCUACUAUGUCCGGCCCCAGGAUGGCGCACAAUUCGUGAAGUUAUUCGCAGAUGCACAAUUUUAUACAUUGCCUCGACUGAUGUCCCAGCUGUUUGAGUCCGAAUGCUUUAUUCAAAUCGGCGACCGACACUUCCAGAUCCCUCGCGAUAUCUUUUCAGGUCCCGGUGAUAGCCCGAACUUUUUUACCCUCGGGUUCGCCGCCUUCUUUGCUAGCCCGACUGCAGUGUUCCCUGGCCUGGACCGUCAGGGUCUUUUGCGACCUCCGGCCAUCGUCCCCCCAAGCGUUCCAAACCGAUCUGCGGAUGUCUUUGAUGAGCUCCUGCAUAUGUUGCGCGGGUAUCCGCUACACAUUAGAAAUGAGGAUCAUCGGGCUGCGCUCCUACGCGACUGUCGUUAUUUUCACCUGCGCGGCUUGGAACAAAAGUUGAUACCGCAUCAGAUAACAACGAAUCCCUUCACCCAUCGGUUGGAAAUCGUCAUCCGGCUCGAAGAUGUGCGACCGUCUGGGAUUCAGUUUGCCUUUGAUAAAGCUUCUGGAUCACCUUCACUGGGUGGAAUGGUCACAUACACGCGCCCCUUUGUAGACGAGAACGCCGCCGAUCUGGUGGUUGAGAUCGGCGACGAAACUAGUCUGAUCCACCGGGGAGCAUGCGCGCUGACUUCCUAG